AUGAAUUAAUCUGACGAGGUUGAGGUAUAUUUAAUAAUUCCUUUAGAUAACUCUUCAAGUUUGCGAUCCAAAAAUAAUAGCAGGACUAAAUAAAUUUAUUGUGUACACCAUAAAGGGAAUGGAUAAAAAUGGAUAAUUUGAUAUUUAGAGAAGAUUUAGUGAUUUUAAGACAAUUCGAUCCUUUUUGCUGACAAAAUGGCCAGGAUGUUAUAUACCACCUGUUCCACCAAGAAAAGCUUUUGUAUUGGAUUAUAUUAAAAUCUUUAGGGUAAUUUGGAGUAAUAAUUUAUUGAUGAAAGAAGGCUGAUGCUUGAAGAUUUCCUCAAGAAAAUAGCAACUCUCAAAUAUCUAUGGUAUUCAGAAGAGUUUUAAGUUUUCUUAAAGACUCCUGGUGAAAUUGAAAAAGUAUUAUUUGACGUCAUAAAAGGCUUUGUUAUCUGUUCCUAAAAUAACAAAUGAAG